AUGAACGCCUUUGGAGGUGCUUAAAAAGUUCAGGUCAGAUAAUUUGCAAAUUCAGGAUAAAAUAGUCCAAGACCGAAUUAACCUAAAUAAUUUUAGUAGUAGCAGCAGUAACCAACGCCAUUUCAAUAAUAAAAUCAAUUCCCUUAGUAAUAAUAGCAAUAAACAGAGCAGAAUUUUAAAGGAGGAUAUCAAGGAAAACCAAAUAAUUUUAGACAAAGAGGAGGCAGAGGAGGUUAUGAUAGUGGUGGAAGUGGAGGCUAUGAUGGAAAUGAAAGAGGCCGAGGAAGAGGUAGAGAUUUCCAAGGGAAUUAACAAAAUAAUUUUGGAAGCUUCUAAAAUAAAGGAAGUUAUAUUAGUAGAGCUAACUAGCAAGAGUAAGAUGAGAUGAUCGAUGAUUCAACGAAUCAAAUCCAGCCCCAAGCAUUUUAACAAAUUAAUUCGUCAGGCUUUGGGAACACAAAUAAUUUUAAUCAACCAUAAUAACAGAAUAAAAGCUAGUUCUAUGGGCAGCAAAAAGGUGUAUAGAACUAAAGUUACGGCUAGUAAAAUCAGUUUAGUAACUACAAAGGUUAAAACUAGCAAUUCAAAGGAAAUCAAGGAGGAUAGAAUCUAGAUAUGGGUAUGAGAAUGGAUUAAGAUGACAGCAACUAGAAAUAAGUGAUUGGAGGAUACUUUGGUGCUCAAAAAUAAGUAACAUAAUCAUUAAGCACGAAUCAAACCAUAAAUAGUGGUGGAGGAUUUAGUGGUUAAACAGGCUUCCCUAUGUAAAACAAUACUUAUGAUCAGAAGUCCUCAACAUAAUCAUUCGGCUAGAAUUAAUCUAUGACAUCAACAAUGCAAUCUACAUAGCCAGGCUAAAAAUAAGAACCUUUUAUCAAUACUGAUCCUAAUAAAGUCCUGUACUUCACUGAAUAAUAGUUAUCUCAAUUCUCAAAUACUCAAUGCAGGAAAGCAAUAAUGAAGGAAAAUGCUAAAGGCCCUAUGGAUGAAUUCGGAUUUUUUUCUUUAGCUUUCAAUUACUAUUAUAACCCACAACUUCCCAAUCAAGAUCCCAAUUUGGAUUAUCUCCCAUCACCCUAAGAUGUUUGA